GGAAACGUCCACACCGGGGCGCUGUCACCUCGGCGCCCCGGCAAGGGUGACACAACGCUGGGGCAGAACUGCGUGGAAGCUCCGCUCGUCUUCUUCUGCGUCGACGCUCUUCGCUCUCCUCCUCCUCCUCCUCCUCCUCCUCACAUUCGCCAUGGCGGACAGUGCGAGCGAGAGCGACACCGACGGCGCGGGCAGCAGCUCGGCCACCCCGAUGACGACCUGCGCCUCCAACUCGGGCAAGCCGAGCAUCGUGAUCUCGCAGUUUCGCCUGGAGGAGCUCACCAACCGACUGGCCUCGCUGCAGCAGGAGAACAAAGUUCUGAAAAUCGAGCUGGAGACGUUCAAACUCAAGUGCAAAGCGUUGCAGGAGGAGAAUCGGGACCUGCGCAAAGCUAGCGUCACUAUUCAAGCGCGAGCGGAGCAGGAAGAGGAGUUCAUCAGCAACACCUUGUUCAAGAAGAUCCAAGCCCUCCAGAAGGAAAAGGAGACCCUGGCCGUCAACUAUGAAAAGGAGGAGGAGUUUCUCACCAACGAGCUCUCCAGGAAGCUCAUGCAGCUCCAGCACGAGAAGGCCGAACUGGAGCAGCACCUGGAGCAGGAGCAGGAGUUCCAGGUCAACAAGCUCAUGAAGAAGAUCAAGAAGAUGGAGAACGAGACCAUCUCCAAGCAGCUGACUUUGGAGCAGUUGAGGCGGGAAAAGAUCGACCUCGAGAACACAUUAGAGCAGGAACAAGAGGCCCUUGUCAACCGACUGUGGAAGCGGAUGGACAAGCUGGAGGCGGAGAAAAGGAUUCUGCAGGAGAAGUUGGACCAGCCCGUGUCGGCCCCUCCGUCCCCGCGCGACGUCUCCAUGGAGAUCGACUCGCCGGAGAACAUGAUGCGGCAUAUCCGCUUCCUGAAGAACGAGGUGGAGAGGCUUAAGAAAAGCCUGCGCACCACCGAGCUGCAGCACACGGAGAAGCGCGCCCAGUACAUCGAGGAGGAGCGACACAUGAGGGAGGAGAACGUCCGGCUGCAGAGAAAGCUCCAGAGGGAGAUGGAGCGUCGGGAGGCCCUCUGCAGACAGUUGUCGGAGAGCGAGUCCAGCCUGGAGAUGGACGACGAGCGGUACUUCAACGAGAUGUCGGCGCAGGGCCUCCGAGCGAGGACGGUGUCCAGCCCCAUCCCGUACACGCCCUCCCCCAGCUCCAGCCGCCCCAUAUCCCCUGGUCUCUCGUAUGGCAGCCACACGGUCGGCUUCACCCCACCAGCCACUCUGUCCAGAGCCGCCAUCUCGCACUACAACACCCCUGCCCUGCACGUCCACGGAAGCUCCUCCCACUCUGUAGCGAGGCCCUCGCCAAGGAGAAGCACCAGCCCCGACAAAUUCAAACGUCCGACCCCCCCGCCGUCCCCCAACACACACUCAGGAGCCCUGCAGCCUCAGCCUCCGCUGCCCCCGCCGGCCCAGCCCAUGGUCCAGUCCAUGUCCUCCCCGGCGGCCAUGUCUCAGCAAGCCGGCGGGGCGCAGGCGCCUCCCUCCCAGCCUUAACCACCACCCGCCCGCUCGCUAGCUAGCUCGCACGCACGCACACACCCACCCACACCCGUCUCCGUCUUGGGGCGCACGACGGCGCCCGCCGGAUGCCGCGACGUCAAAACACCGCAGCAACUUCCAUCAUUAGCCAAGCUCUGGAAGAAAGCGCUCAGAAGCAGCUUAGAAAAGUUUUAAAGGGGAGAGGAAGCGACGCGGCCGCGACGCCGGGCGACCGAAAUGCACGCGGCGGCGGCAUCUUCCCAAUUGCUCUUAAAUGGAAUGGAUGUACUGAAAAAUAAUCGCUUCUGGGACUCCGUAGGCCAAUUAUCCGUUCCACCUGCCCGUCGUGUGUGUUUUGGGAUUUUCUUUAGUUUUGUUUUUUGCUUUGGUCGGAUCUCGAGCCGGUUGGAAUUGUUGUGACGCUUUUCAGAUAGCUCAAACAGCACAGAGCUUCAAGGCGGCUUUUUUUUUUUUUUUUUGCGAUGGAUGGAUGUUUGGGUCAGCAGAUGGAUGUAUGGCUGUCUCUGUGGAUGUGGUCGAUUGUUUUUACGCCUUACAAUGUGGCACUCGAUUGCAGUCAUGUUUAUUACCCCCUCACCCCACCCACCACCACCACCACGUCACACAGACGUUCGACAAUUGCGCGGUUCGCUCACGUUUAUUAGCAAGUUCAGCCGAGAUGUGUCAUAUAAGACCCACCGGGCGGUCUUCGUCGUGGCGCGUUCAACACGUAGCUCGCAUCGCCCGCUAUUUUUGUUCCUGCAGAGGUCUCGUUCAAGUAAUUUCGCUGGGGAGGGAAAGCUGCGGACGUGCGGGUUCUCCCCGAGGAUGCGCGCCGGUACAUCAAACCACAGAUAAAUGUCGCCUUUAAGUUGUUCAAUAACAAUGUAGUCUAAGGUGUUACUUAGUCAUGUACUCUUGGCUCUUCUCUCUCUGGUGUAUUUCUCAAUGCUUUAUCGUCAUGGGAUAAUGGCAAAAAAGAUAAAAAAAUGCACAUUGUGCUCUUUACACUAAAUAUACAUACUGCUCAAACAUUCGCAAUGAAUGGUACUGUCAAACUAAAUUUCUAUGUAUGAUUAAAAUCUCUUGAGAUGAAAA